UGUAACCCUUCAACAAAAGAGUGAGCAUCACCUUCACAACUUAGUUUGAUGUCAUUAUCUUGCCGGAAGAAAAAUGGUAUGAGAUACCUUGUUUCAGUAGACUCCAUUUUUCUUCUAUCAUCCAAGCUUGUUCACUUCCAGCUAGGUGUAAGCCAAGCUUUAACGAGUGAAACAAAACUGCGUUCAUCUGCCAGAUAAAGGGUUCAGUAAAUAUCAGGACUUCUCAACGCUGUAAUGGACGUACCGAUGAAAGACAAAAGUAAAAAUCGAACAAUCACUGGUAACUUCUUCUACAGUCAACAAAAACCGAUCUCCGAUGACAAGAGCUUAACUAAGAAUAGCGAGAAGAGGUCGUCCAACUUGUGUGAGCUGAACUGUGACGAUAAAUGUUUAUCCAUAUAUGGAUCAUGUCAGACCAGGCCGAUCCUUAUCCUUCCUAAGAUAACCAAGGUGACGAGGCACAAAUACGACAAGGAAUACUUCUGCUUGGAAUACGGCGAAAAACCAGAUAUUUAUACUACCUUUCUCACUAUCAUCGACAAAAGCGAUGCAGAUGAUUGGGAGGUUGAACUGUGUAAACUCACGGGACAGACUCUACCUCCUGGUCGCCGUAGAAUACAGACUGGCGUUAAACCGCGAACAUGGCGAAACAAAGGAGUGGGUCAUACAUUGUCAACCCCGAGCGUGCCUGACGGUUUCGAGGAGAGUCAAAGAGAUGGUCAAAGCUCCCCAGAAGAGAGUCACAUAGGAGAGGUGGUAGGAUAUGACAAAGUCAGUCCAACUCCUGGAAACACACCAAGCAAUAGAAAGAGCUAUGCGGUCGAUGAAGAAGCGGGCAUUGUCCUCGAAGAGACGAACCGGAAGCUUCACGAGAUGAAGGGGCAACAACAAGGACAACACGAACAACAUCAGCAACAUGAUCAGCAAGUGCGUCAGAGACAUGAAGGAAGACAAGAAUGUCCAACUCAACCCUUUGGUGAACUGACAUCCACACAUUCACUCAACGUGCUCCAAGACUACCAAUGCACGCACAUUGGGUUUGAAUGCAGUCAAGAAAAGUUGAGCGUGGCCAUUAACAAAGAAGAAUUCUUAGAAACGGCCGAUAUCAAUAAUGUCUUUGCCUCCUACCUAGGAUCUCUGUAUGUAAGGUCGUGUCCAGAAAGUUUACAAAGUAAGCUGUUCAUCGGAACACGUAUCCUACAAGUGAACAAACAAGAACCUGUCUCCGCUGAUAAAGCCAUUGACUACAUCCUAACCAGUGCUGUUAACACGGUGAACUUGCUGGUUCAAUUAUUUCCUUUUGGUUAUCGUGUACGAUUACGCAUCUCGUCUCUUGCCGAUCUGGGCAUUGAACUCCUCGGUAAUGAGAUAACAGAUUACGGAGAUGGAAUAAUGGGCAAAAUAGCUGAAUGUAAAAAGUGUAUCAGUACAACUCUCUCCGCUUCAGACCAUUCUUCUGUUGAAAGGUUAUCCAUAACAGCUGUUGGAGACAGGCAUGUUCCAUACAAUGCAUACGGAGAUGAGGUAAAAGAUAUGUUAGCUUCUGCAAUCAACGAUGUCAACAUGUCGGAAGACGGUCACCUAGUUCUGCUCUUGCAGCCCUCAGAGUUCUGCCAAGCCAUGGCUCCAAAUGCUUUGCAAAGACGUUUUGUACAAGAAGGAGAUGCUCUCUUACAUCCAACACCAAACCGCAGACCGUCACAUCCGGGGAUACUCAGAAGCAUUCCUCCUUAUUAAAACCCACUCGAUGGCCGAGAUGCAACCAUUGAGGCUAUGCUAUAAAGGUCAUGGUUCUAAAGGUCAAUAUCCUUUCAAACUCAUAGAGACAUUAUGAUAAACAUCGAUCGUAACAAUAGAAUUCUUAUAUUCCUCACGCUAUGCUAUUACCCCGGCUGCACAGCUUCAAAUACUGCGUGUUCUCAUUUCGAGGAGUAGUGUCCUACCGGGUAUACCGAUUUGCUUUACCUGGGUCGAGUUUGGCGAAUGAAGGAUCAAUAUCUUGCUAAAGGACUUUAUGGUAGCACCACAUUGGAAAAUCAACUGUGAACCUUGCACAUGUUAACAAAUUACCAUUUUCCCGGGCAAGGUUUCUGUAGGUGUAAAAUUUAUAAAGUCGGAGAAUGCUGCUGGUAUCUGCGAGCAUAAUAUUCGAAAUCGUUGGAUUUAUGUAUAUUCAUUCAAAUGCAUGUGUCUAUUUUUCACGAGAGAUGUUAUGCAAUAGCCUAACAUAAUAUGAGAAAUUAUAUAUCGAGAAUUUAUUAUAUUAAGAUACAUGUUUUAUUUUGCAUGAGGUCUACUUUGCCAUAAGCCAUUUCGUUGUAGAUUUUGAGAUACACAAAAUAUCAAAAUCGGUUGAAUGAAUGACAUUUCAGAUCUUCAUCAAAGGCAUGCGCUCAGCCAUCAUCAACCGCAUGUCAAAAUAGAUUUUAUUGAUUAAAUUCAAAAUAUGUAAUUAAUGUAUGGAUGUUUUGGCGCGGGUUUACCUUAACUAUUUCAUUUGGCAUUUUAUUAUUUCACGGAAGUUGCUUUGGGUGUACUCAUUUUAUGGAUAUCGUCAAUGGGUAUGGGAUUUUGUUAUUUUGUAUAUUUCCAUAUAUCGUUAUGUUACAUUAACACAGAAAAGUUAUCUGAUUCUAAGUUCAAAGAUUCUAUGUUUGCAAUAUUAUAUAUUUCUUCUCACGUAGUUAAGGUGUAAGAGGGACGAAAAUUUUUACCUUUGUUGAAUAAUGGCCUCAAAUUGAAAUUACAAUAUACCACAUCGUAACCAUCGAGUAUUAUCUAGCUACAGCCAGCUUUACUAUACCGUUUUAUUCUCAUUUACUCAAUAACAACUUGAAUGUUUAAUUUAUGACCGAGGUAAUUCUCGCUUUCUUCUUAGACUUAUACUAUUUUCUCUCGUUCGUUUUUUUUACCUUUACCUUUAGAUGUAUUUCUUUUGCUAUACUCAAUAUGUUCUUGUAUUAAAAUGUAAAUUUAUUUUGGCAAUGGCGUUUCUAUAGCAGACCCCGUUUGGGUGGAAAGCAAACGAAAAAUCUAGGUAGUAUUAAAUGUUAAUCUCAAGUAUAGUCUGCCUGCUCUUUCACCACAGUUUAUACGAAAUAAUGAGGAGAUGCAAGAUGGAGUGGUAGGAGAGUAGUUUGUGACGUCACCCAUCGAACAAUUAGUUUCAACGUUCUAUGCAAGAGAGCACAUUGGCUGAGCCAGAAAGUUUCAUUUCAUUUAUUUUCCAUUUCCAGCAAUCAUUUUUACAAAAAGUUUUGUUACAUACAUCUUGAUAUAUAUUCAAUAAAGCAAGGAAACUUUAUAUAUGUAUAAUAAUCAAGAUAACCAUACUAUCAGGUCGGAAACGGAAAAUGUAGCUGAAAAAUAUCCGCCGCCCCCCCCCCCCCCCUCCGCUAUUGACGAAGGUUGGAUCCGCCCCUGUUUGGGGGAAUCUUUGAUAGUAGUAUUGUUCAAAUGUUCCACUUCCCUCAACUGCUGAGAAACCUGCCAUAUUUAGAGUUGAAAUAUAACAGAGAAGUUAGUAUGUGAAUCGUCUUCAACCGUCCAAUAGAAGACACGUCUAUACUUAUUAUGAGAGGGUGCGAAUUAAUCAUGCAAGUAUAUUAAAUUUGUUAAUUUCGACUGUGUAACUGAGCAUUAUGAACAAGAGGAGUAUACAAUUAUACGCUCGGAUGUCUCCCUCCCAAAUUAUAAAAUUCUUGGAGUAUGUACUCAGAUUUGUACAUAUGAACUCAGAACGCGAUGUGCAUUUUAUGUCAUGAAAAUAAAGAGCGAAAUGUUUUCUAUUCAUUUUAACAAAAGAGUUGUUCUUGUUGUUGGAAGCAAGGUUUGUUGGUUUGACAAAAUGACACAAUGCUCAAUAAUCACUGGCGUAUAAGUGCAUGACGUCACGCUACUCAAGUGUGUGUAUGGUUGAGGGAGUGUGGGAUAUGACACAUUGGUUCACCCCCCCCCCCCCC